AUGAAAUGUUUGGUCAGAUUUCGAGCAGUAUACUCGAUUGCUAAUCUUUUGCCCGUCCAUGUCACAAAUUUACAGACUUCUAGUUUUUCACUCGUCACUAGAUCAUCCCGGAACCCAAAUCGGAAGAACACUGAAGAAACCCAGAUAAAAAAUGGAAAAGAAAAUAAAGAUUUUGCUAAUCUUUUCGAUGACAUCACCCAAAUUUUGGGAACCCAUAACUUCAACGUGGACAGCAAUGGAGCUGAACGGUUUCCAUUAACGAACGCAGGGGUUGAUAUGGUGGGAGAUUCCUUGGAUUGCACAGAAGGUGUUCGUGAAAAUGCGAAUAUGAAUCGAGAGUUGGAGAUUAGAACAACCCAUACGGUUGAAAAGGAUGUCAGUCCAAUAGUUCACGAGGUUACUCAGAUUUUAAGGGGUGGAGAGGGUGAAGCGUCGAUUGAGGAACGGUUGGAUGAUAUGGAUGUGGAGUUUGAUUCUGAGGUGGUUGAUAAAGUUCUGAAGAGGUGUUUCAAAGUGCCUGAUUUAGCUUUAAGGUUCUUCAAUUGGAUAAAGCUUAAGAAUGAGUCAUUUGUCACAACUGCAACCUACAAUACGAUGAUUUAUGUGCUUGGAGAAUCUAAAAAGUUUGAGGUAGUUGAAAAAUUGUUGGAUGAGAUGGAGAAGAACUUGUGUAAGAAGGAUAUUAAGACAUGGACUAUUCUCAUUUCUCACUAUGGGAAAUCAAACGCAAUUGGGAAAGUCUUGUUGCUGUUUGAGAACAUGAAGAAGUCUGGUUUUGAGCCUGAUUUGGCAGUUUAUAAAGUAAUGCUGCGUACGCUUUGUAGUAGUAAAAAAACCAGCAUUGCCAUGGAGUUUUACAAGGAGAUGGUUUCUAAAGAAAUGGAACCAGAUUCAAGUUUGUACAAACUGUUAUUACAUUGCUUAGCAUGUUCAGGAGACAUUGAUGCCAUCCACGUUAUUGCCGAUGACAUGAUAAGGAUUUCCCAAAUCCCUGAACAAGAAGUUUACACUAGUAUGCUAAAGAGCUUUUGCAUUUCAGGUAGAAUAAAAGAAGCGUUGGAAGUGAUAAAAGAUAUGAAGAACAAAGAUAUUGUGAUUGAGACUGAACACUUUGAGAUGUUGGUGAAGGGAAUGUGUCAUGCUGAUAGGAUCUCUGAUGCUUUAGAAAUUGUUGAUAUAUUAAAGAGAAGAGAUAUUGUUGACAAAAAGAUGUAUGGGAUUGUUAUCAAUGGGUACUUGAGAAGAAACAAUGUUUCUAAAGCACUACAAGUGUUUCACAGCCUAAAAGAUUGUGGACAAAUAAUGACUUUGUCUACUUAUACAGAGCUGAUGCAACACCUCUUUAGAACGAGUGAGUUUGAAAAAGGAUUUGAUCUGUAUAACACGAUGCUGGAAACAGGGCUUGAGUUGGACAGUGUGGCAAUAACUGCUGUAGUUGCUGGUUAUGUUCAACAAAACCGUAUUUCUGAAGCAUGGGAAGUGCUCAAAAGCAUGGAGGAGAAAGGAAUGAAGCUAACUAGAAAAUGUUAUAUGGUUUUCAUCAAGGAACUUUGUAAGAUUUCCAGAGCCGAUGAAGCUAUCAAUGUUUUGGAUCAUAUGAAAGUUUUGAAGUUAGAUAUAGGAGAAGAUAUAUUCAACUGGAUUAUAUCUCAUUUGGGUAAAAAAGGAGAAUUGGAGAAGAUACAACAAGUGAAGCAGAUCCAAAGAGAUGGCGGGAACCAAAAUGAGACUACCCUUGAUUCAAGCCUGAUUCUGAUAGAGCCAAAAGUUGUGGAUUCUCUAGAAACAAACAUGCCUGUCAAGUCUUUUACUGACCAUGAUCUUCAAAGAGCCUGUAAGAUUGUAUCCUCCGCGAUAGAUUGGUGCUCAAAGGAGGAAUCUUUACAAAGAUGCAAUCUUUAUAUCACACCAGAAUUAGUUGUCGAGAUACUGAGAAAUUGCAGCCCCCAUGGUGGUGCAGCAUUGCAGUUCUUCUCAUGGGUGGGAAAGAAAGACGGUUACAGCCACACUGCGGAAACCUAUAACAUGGCAAUCAAAAUUUCUGGACAAGGGAAAGAUUUUAAGCUUAUGAGAAGCUUGUUUUAUGAAAUGAGAAGGAAAGGCUUGUUGGUUUCAUCAGACACAUGGACGAUCAUGAUCUUGCAAUAUGGUCGAAUAGGUUUGACGGACAUUGCACUGAAAUUUUUUAGAGAAAUGAAGGAAAACGGUUGCAGUCCAAACAGUAGUACAUACAAAUCUUUGAUCAUUUCCCUUUGUGGGAAAAAGGGCAGAAAGGUCAAUGAAGCCAUAGAAGCGUUCUUGGAGAUGACUCAAGCUGGAUUCGUACCCGACAAAGAAUUGCUUGAAUUCUAUAUUGGGUGUUUAUGUGAAGUUGAUAAUGUGUUGGAAGCCAAAAAAUGUGCCAAGAACUUAUAUGCACAUGGUUUUUCCACUCCAUUGGCUUACUCAUUGUGUAUUAGGGCUCUUUGUCGAGCAGGUAAGGUAGAAGAGGCUUUGUCAAUGGCGAACGAGGUUGGCGAAGAAGACCAAAAGACCCUUAAUGGAUACAUAUAUGGAAGCCUGAUUCAUGGACUACUAAGGAAAAGGCGUUUACAGGAGGCGUUGGAGAAGAUAGAAUCAAUGAAACAGGUCAGAUUCUUGCCAACAGUUCAUGUUUAUACAUCAUUACUAGUUUAUUUCUUCAAAGAAAAACAAGUUUCCAAGGCUUUAGAGGUUUUUGAGAAGAUGAAACAAGAGGGAUGUGAGCCCACAAUUGUAACUUAUUCAUCGUUAAUUCGCGGGUAUGUGAGCAAUGGGAAGACUGUUGAGGCUUGGAGUGUUUUCCAUAAGAUGAAAAAUGAAGGGCCGUUGCCAGAUUUUAAAACAUAUUCUAUGUUCAUUUCUUGUUUGUGUAAGGAGGGAAAGUCUGAAGAAGCUAUGCAGCUUUUAUCUGAGAUGCCAAGUGUUGGGAUCACUCCGAGCACGGUUAAUUUUCGCCAAGUCUUUUACGGAUUAAAUCGAGAGGGGAAACAGAAGCUGGCUCAAACUGUACUUGGAAAAAAAUGGGAUCUUGAACAUAGAAGAAAAGUAGGUCAAAUUAUGUAAUAUAAAUGGAAAUUUUUG